AUGAUCGCGCCAGAGUUGCGCUGUGACGCGAUAGUGCGAUCCCUGACGAGAGUCAAAGGAUUCCCUUCGGUUGGCAAGUCUACUUUACUAUCAAAUCUUGCUGGUGUAUACUCGGAAGUUGCCGCAUAUGAAUUCACAACCCUUACUACAGUACCAGGAGUAAUCCGUUACAAGGGAGCAAAAAUCCAACUGCUUGAUUUACCCGGAAUCAUUGAAGGAGCAAAAGAUGGUAAAGGACGUGGAAAACAAGUAAUUGCUGUGGCUCGAACAUGCUCGUUGAUAUUAAUGGUUCUGGAUGUGAUGAAACCCUUGAAGCACAAGCAACUACUUGAAUACGAAUUGGAAGGCUUUGGAAUACGUCUGAAUAAGCAACCACCGAACAUUGGCUUUAAGAAAAAGGAUAAAGGAGGCCUCAAUUUGACAGCUUUGGUCCCACAAAGUGAACUGGAUUUGGAAGCAGUCAAAAGCAUCCUAUCAGAGUAUAAGAUUCAUAACGCGGACAUCACCUUAAGGUAUGAUGCAACAUCAGAGGAUCUUAUUGACGUCAUUGAGGGUAAUCGGGUGUAUAUUCCUUGCAUCUACGUUCUGAAUAAGAUUGAUCAAAUAUCGAUCGAAGAACUAGAUAUAAUCUAUCGUAUUCCUCAUUGCGUGCCAAUUUCUGCACAUCACAAAUGGAAUUUUGAUGAUUUACUCGAAAAAAUGUGGCAAUACUUGAAUCUAAUUCGAAUUUACACCAAACCUCGGGGUCAAUUGCCUGAUUACUCGGCGCCCAUAGUUUUGAAUGCUGAGAAGAAUACCGUGGAUGAUCUAUGCUUGAAAAUCCACAAAUCGUUGCAGAAAGAUUUCAAAGCAGCUUUGGUUUGGGGCGCUUCGGCAAAACACAAUCCGCAACGGGUCGGUAAAGAGCAUGUGCUCUUUGAUGAAGAUGUUGUGCAAAUUCUUAAGAGAAUUUAAUGACGAGUAUGAGGACAACAUGCUGUUCAUCUUCUAGAAUAUGAAAAUUUCGGUGGAGUAGAGGAUUGUUAUCGACUAAUCGUUUGUUGUUAAUGUUUGUGUGAUGGAAAUAUCGGUGAUAAAGUAUUGGUGUUCAAAUG